AUGAGCUCAGCAGCAAAUAUAACCGAAGACCUCUGCAAGAUAUGUGAUGGUAGGAUCGAAUGUGCACCAACAGCUAUCCUCCUUAUUUCUCUAGUCCAUACAUUGUACGGCCAUAUUGGACCGGAACCGGAUUACUUUGGAAAGAACAAAGCUCAGUUGAUGGGCGUGAAUAAGAAAUCGGAAAACAGUGACAACACUGAGAAUAAUUAUAAACCCUUUGUGAAAUAUAAAACGCCAGUUGGAGCGCAGAAGGGAAGCGACGAUCAACUGAUUUCCCACGACAAAGAACUCGAGUAUGACUUUGUUAUUGUUGGAGGUGGCACUGCUGGAUGUGUUGUGGCGAGUAGGCUGUCCGAAAAUAGAAAAUGGAGAGUUCUGGUAGUGGAAGCUGGUCCAGAAGAACCGAAGAUGGCACUCAUUCCUGGUCUCACUAGUGAAUUCAGGGGCUCCUCCAUGGACUGGCAAUAUUCAAUGAGACCAAAAAAGGGAUUCUGUCAAAAUCGUUUUAAAUUGGGCUGCGAAGUAGUCCAAGGCAGAGUCCUUGGAGGCACGUCAUCUAUUAACGACAUGGCGUACAUGAGGGGAAGCCCCGCUGAUUACGAUGAGUGGAUGCUCAACGGUAAUGAUGGAUGGAGUUUUAGUCAAUUACUGCCUUACUUCAAAUACUCCGAAGGGAAUUAUGAUAAAGAUAUCGCUAAGAAUAAGUUCUUUCACUCCACGCAAGGACCUUUGGACGUUGGAAGAUAUCCGUACGUCGAUGAUAACGUUGAUGUGUUAUUAAGUGCGUUUAACGAACUUGGAUAUAAUUACACUGAUAUCAACGGCCGGAACCAACUAGGUUUUAUGAGGAUACAGACAAUGUCAUAUUUCGGAGAGAGAGUGAGCGCGUAUACAGCAUUCAUUGAUCCCAUACGUAAACUGAGAUCUAAUAUUGUCAUCGAAACAGAAGCUCUUGUAACUAAAAUUUUGUUUGAGGACUCUCAAGGCUCUACCAGAGUAGUAGGUGUAGAUUAUAUUAAAAACGGUACAAAAAUAAGAGUAAAGGCAAAAAAAGAAGUCAUUUUGUGCGCUGGUGCGAUUAACACGCCUAAAUUAUUAAUGCAGUCCGGAGUGGGGCCGAAGGACUAUUUAGAGUUUUUGAACAUCAAAGUGUAUAAUGAUUUGCCGGUCGGAGGAAACUUCCAUGAUCAUCUGUCUGUCUGUCUACCAGUCGUCAAACUCAGUAAAACGGCAACUACGUCAAAAUUUUCGGAGAAGCUGAAAGAUAUAUCUUCGUACUACUCGAAAGGCACGGGACCACUAUCAGCUAAUUUUCAAGUUGUCGCUUUUAUGGAGACCACAUUAUCGGACGUACUUGGCACACCAGAUAUUGAAAUGAGAUUUCGUGGCCACGACUCCAAUAUGUAUUACGAUAAAAUUGAUAUGUGCGUUUCUCUUCUAACACCUAAAAGCCGCGGACAAGUUAUUUUGAAUGCAACUGAUCCAGUGUUUGGGAAACCUCUUAUUUAUCCAAACUUUCUUAAAGAGAAAUCGGAUGAGAAGAAACUGUUGGAAGGUGUACAUGAAGUUGUAAAACUUUUUGACACGGAAGUUUUUAGGACUGCCGCGGUUGAAUUCGAUCCUCGUCCUAUCCUGAACAAUGAGUGUAAAAACUAUGAAAAAGUCUCCGAAGGUUUUUGGGCAUGUAUAGUAAAACAUUUUUCAAGUCCGUUGCAUAAUUAUGUAGGCACUUGUAAAAUGGGGCCCUCCAAAGACCCUGAGUCUGUAGUUGAUCAUAAUUUAAGAGUAUAUGGCAUUUCAAAUCUUAGAGUUGUUGACGCUUCAAUCAUACCUAAAAUUACUCGAGGUUCUACUGCUGCCCCUGUUAUAAUGAUAGCUGAAAAAGCAAGUGAUUUAAUAAAAACAACUUGGUAUUAA